AUGACUCAACAACCAACAACAACAACUGCCCCAACAACUGUUACCCCAACACCACCACCAAAAGAUAAAAGAUCAAAUAGAAGAAGAGUUUCAUGUGGUUUUCACCAUAAAAGACAUCAAGCUUGCCCAGACAAUUGUGAAGGAAGAGUUACCCACCCACCUGAUGUACAUCCACCAGUUCAAGACAAAUUUACUGUUGGUUGCACUGAAUGUAAAAACUAUUUUCAAGAAAAAUUAUUCAGCCAAACCACACUUUCAGGCAAACCAAUUAGUCAAGUAAUUACCUCUCCAUCUAAUAAUAUAACCACACCUAUCAAUAAAAAGAAAAAAACCAAUACCACCCAACCAAUUACAAUAACUCCACCACCACAAUCUCCACAAAAAGAAAAUCUAAUAAAUAAAUCUACUACAUCCACCACUACUAUAGCAACAACUAAGCCAAUUGAUAUUACUGCUACUAAUAUUAAUAACAAUAGUAAUAAAAAUAAACAAGAUUCAUUAAAUGCGGUUGUUCCAUCAUUUAAUUUAAUGACCAGUGUUAUCCAAGCUGCUGCUAAUGCUAUCUCAACAUACGAACAAAAUCCAUCAUCAACUUUAUCCCCUUUCAAUCAAAAGAAAAGAAAAUUCUCUUAUGAUAAUACCUCUGGCGAUGAACUCGAAGGUUUUUCAGCAUCUUCAUCUACCUCAACUUUUUCACCAUCGUCAUCACCACUUUCAUUAUCCCGUGUUCCAAGCCCAUCACAAGAAAUCAUUAGCUCUUCACCACUUGCAUCACCACAAUUAGCAGUUCCAUCAGCUCCAUCACCAUUAUCAUCACCAAAAACUGCUGCCGAAUCUUUAUUAUUCCUCCUUGAACAAGAAGUCGAAAAAGAAAUUAUUACACAAAAAGAAAAUGAUCUUUCAGUUAGAAAAGUUAAACAAAGACAAGAGCAAGAGUAUAUUGAAAGAAUACAACAUGUUUUAGACUAUAAAAAGAAUCAGCAAGAUCUUGAAUAUUUAAGAUUACAACAAAAGCAAAAAGAAUUAGAAAACUGGAGUAUUCAAUUAGAACAAUUUGAAAAGGAAUUAAUAAUAAAGCAAUACCAAAAUCAACAAUUUUUAAGUAAUUUUAAUACCUUCACAAAUAGUUCAAAUAUAAAUAAUAAUAGUUUACUUAACGAACAACAAAAAUAUAAAAUACAAAAUUAUCAAGGCCAAUUUUACCAAUUAAAUAAUAAUAAUAAUAAUACAAAUAAUAAAUCAACAAUGGCUUAUCAUAAUCCUAAAUCAUAG